AUGAAAUUGCUGUCGGUAUUGGGAAUCUGCACAGUAACCAGCUACCGGCAGUUAAAGUGUUUCGUCAAGGAGCUUAAACUAGCUGAUAUUCGUAUACCGGUGAAAAACAUAGAAAAUGGUAAACUGUUGAGAAGUUUCUUCAUAACUAUUAAUUUUGCGCUACUCAUCGGUAUGCCGUAUGUCAUAUUUAUGGGUUCUGGAGAUGUGCUCCAGAGUCUCUCUCGUAUCUUUCUGCUGUUCUUCGAUGUGAUGAUCACGCUACAAUUCGUCUUGCUGGUCCUGGAACUUUGGGCAAGGUUCUCCAGUGUGAACGCCUGCCUCCAGGAGGUAUUGUCCUUUCCCUGUUCUACGACGGUUGGACGAGCUCCACCGUCUCGUCGGUUAUCACUGCUGCAGCUGCAAGAGGCGUACGUAGCCUUGGGGCGCGCUGCAGACCACCUUCUAGCACACUUCGGCGUACCGGUAGCCGUCGACAUCGCCAAGUGCAUGGUCGGAGCCACCAGCAGCUCCUACGAUGUCUUCAUCGAGCUGUUGCAAUCGAACGGUAAGCAGGGACUCGUCGUUCCAUCGGUGGCUGUACCAGAGGCGUGGUUGGCUCUUCACUGGUUGGAGCUGCUACUGAUGUCUCUGUCGUGUGCGGCUGCAGAGAACGCUGCGGCAGCCACCGGGGUGAUCCUCCUCAGGUCUUCGGCGGUACCUCGGCUGCGCUCAGCUGACGUCGACGACUUCCUCCGGCUCACGCUUCACGGACCACGGCUGUCGUUCACUGCCGCCGGUUUCGUCAAAAUCGACCGUCGUCUUCUGGUCUCCGUCCUCACUGCCAUCGUUACCUACCUUAUAAUUAUGGGUCAGCUAACUUUUAACUAG